AUGCCCAAUAGAGCAAGGAGUCGUUUGGAAAAAGAAAGUGGAAUGUUCAGAGCAAGGACAGAUGUAACUGGCCUAAUAAAAGGCCCAGCACCAGAGUUUGUAUUAAUGGGGCGAGUGGAAUGUGGUAAACCUGGACACAUAGCUCUUAACUGUACAGAGCCUCCGAAGACCAAAGAUGACGACCUAGAUAAGAACAAAAAGGGGAAGGUUCGAGUUUUCGCAUUGAACCAGCAAGAGGCAAAGCGGGAUCCGAAUGCGAUAGCAGGUACUCUAUUAUUAUUUGAUGUACCUGCUUAUGUACUUUUUGACUUUGGGGCUAUACAUUCCUUUAUCUCUACAUCCUUUAUCGUUAAGUCUAAUGUUGCAUGUGUGAAAAUGACUAAUGAAUUAGAGGCUAGUAUCCCUUUAGGAAAAGCUCUUUGCACAAAUCAGAUGACUAAGUCUACGAAGAAAGAGAUUGAUGGAAAAAUAUUGGAGGCAGACUCGUACCUUUUGGAAAUGAAAGAUUUUGAUGUUAUUUUUGGCAUGGAUUGGUUGAGACUUAAUCAUGCGACCAUUCGAUGUUACGAGAAGGAGGUGUUAUUUCACAGACUAGGAGAAGAAGAAUUUUGUUUCUUUGGAGCGAAGUUCAAGUCUCUACCUUGUCUUAUAUCGGUUAUGCAAGCGGAGAAGAUGUUGAGAAAUGAGUCAUGCCAGAGAAUCUUGGUUAACAUCAUCAGUUCUCAACAUACAGAAAUGACUGUUGAUGAUAUUAACAUCGUGUGA